AUGACAAAGAAAAGAAGGAACAAUAAUUGUGCCAAAAAGGGGCACAGCCACGUGCAGUCUAUUCGUUGCACAAACUGUACCCAACGCAUGCCUAAGGACAAGGCCAUUAAGAAAUUCAUCAUUCGAAACGUAGUGGAGGCUGCAGUAGUCAAGGACAUUUCUGAAGCAAGUGUCUUCAAUACCUAUGUGCUUCCCAAGCUGUAUGUGAAGCUAAAUUACUGUGUGAGAUGUCCAAUUCACAGAAAAGUAGUCAAGAAUCCAUCUCGUAAAGCCCACAAGGACCAAACACGCCCACCCCGAUUUAGAUCUUCCGGUGCUGCCCCAAAACCCCCACCAAAGCCCAUGUAA